AUGAACACGAUMCCAAUAAUCAGUACACAAUUUCCAAUAAGUAUCAAAAUGAAAUUUGAGAAAAACAUUGUUCCAGCUGGUUGGGAAAGCGACGAGUAUGAUGAAUUUGGUGAUCUUAUUGAACAGAAGUCAUAUCAUGUAGAACCGAAAGUAGAAGAUCUUCAAUUAACAUUAAUAACUGCCUGUGCAACAAAUAAUGUAUCAGAAAUCACCCGUGUGUUAAARUGUGGAACUAUUAAUAUCAACAGUUAUUUGCAUAAUAGUUGGACUGCUUUGAUGCAUGCAGCAUUUAAUGGAUCUUUAGAUGCUGUGACAUAUCUUUUACAGAAUGGUGCUGAUCCAUUACUUGAAUAUGACUGUCAUAAUGUUAUAAUGUGUGUAUGCAAUUGUACUAAAAUUUCUAAUGAAUUGGACUUAUUAAAUUGUCUAAAGCUUUUAUCAAAUUUUGAUAGUAUUGAUAUCAACUCAAAAGAUAGAAMUGGACUGACAGCGCUCAUGUACGCAUGCUCCAAUGGUUGGUUGAAAUUAGUAGAAUUUCUUGUUGAUCAUGGUGCAGAUAUAGAGUUGAAAGAUCAUCAGUUUGGAGAGACGGCUUUGUUUUUUGCAGUACGUCUCAACCAUGUAAAUGUUGUCAAAUAUCUUUUAUCAAAAGGAGCAAAUAAAGAUGCCACCGACAAAAAAUAUCAGACAGUGCAUAGAAUAGCUGAAAAUAAAAACAUGGUUGAUAUUUUAAAUGUAUUGAAUAUGGAUUAUAAAAAUGCACAGCUACAAGUUUAUUAUCCAGGAGAAGAACAUAAUUACUGGACUGAAGUUAUGACUGAAUUGGAAAAUGGUUUUAGUAAAGACAUUAAAUCAUUUUUAGAAACAUUAUCAAUGGAAAUGUAUGUAGAUCGUCUAGUUUCUAGGGAUGUAACUUUUAAAAGUUUUCUCACUGGAAAUAAUGAUCAAUUUGUUAAUAUGGGGAUCACUUUAACACCACAUCGUAAACUUUUGGCUAMAGCGCUUAAAUGUUUUCAUACAUGGAGUUGGUCUUACCAUUCUUUAGAUUUAAAAAAAUAUGAUAUGAAGGCUGAAGAUAUUGCACAGGCAUUGGGGAUAAUAGUUAGACAAUUGCAUAUAUUAGAUGCUUCAAUAAAGUACUUAGGAAAUAAUAGCUAUGGUUUAGAUCAACAGAAAGGUCAAGAAGCCAUUAAUAUUUUAAAAAAAAUUAGAACUACGGAGGAUAAAAUAUUCAAAAUAYUAGAUCAAGAAGUGAGAAUGGAUCAAGUGGAUUAUACAGGAUAUCGUAAGAUAAGGAAUCAAAAUAUAAAAUCAAAUAUAGAUAACUUGUUUGCUAGUGCAACUGUUCUUUUAGUAUUAUGGGGCAUAUUUUAAAUAUAUUUUUU